AACGACAGUUGACAUUUGACAUUGACAUAAUCAUAUCGGAUGUUGACUUUUGCUCGAUUGAACUUUAAUUAUUUUAAGAAUUUCAAGCCCAUCGACACAUUAAUACACAGAACCAUGUCUGGUCAAGGAAUAUCUCCUCAGGAAGUGGAAUCAUUAUGUCAAACUCCACAUCCUUCUACCAAGGACUUUAUGUUCCAACAAACGAUGUAUCGUGUAAAGGAUCCGAGGAAAUCCAUCCCAUUUUACACAGGAGUGCUUGGAAUGACUUUGUUAAAACAACUACAUUUCCCUGAGAUGAAAUUCUCUCUAUUCUUCAUGGGGUAUGAGAACCCGGCUGAAGUGCCUAAGGACGACAAAGCUAGGACAACCUGGGCUAUGACGAGGAAAGCUACGCUGGAGCUAACAUAUAACUGGGGCACAGAAAGUGAUGACUCUUGUUACCAUAACGGCAACUCUGAUCCUCGAGGGUUCGGACACAUUGGUAUCCUGGUGCCUGAUGUUGAUGAAGCCUGUGCCAGAUUUGAACAGCAAGGUGUGAAGUUCAUCAAACGACCUCAAGAUGGUAAGAUGAAGGGCCUCGCUUUCAUUCAGGACCCCGAUGGCUACUGGAUUGAGAUAUUCAAGGCCGAUGUGGUAUAAAACACUUAAGUUAACUUAAGUAAAGCAAGGCUAUAAAUAUGAACAACUUAAAGGCUAGUAACAUUUUAAUUAUUUUUUAAAAUAACAGUUCAAUACAUGGUAGAGUAAAGUGAACAAAAGUUUUUAUAGUGUUUAAAAUUGACAAUUUUGAAUUGACAGUUUGUCAAGUUGUCAAAUUCUUGUUAAAUAGUUACUUUUAAUUUGAAAAUUAUUCAGAAAGGAGAAAGAAAAUUUGCUUGGAAAAUGUAUUUAAAGGUAUUUCUAAAAGUAAAUCUGAAAUAUUGAAGUUUCAAUAGUUUUGUGUUAGUGUUGCUAUAUAAAAGGCGAUAGUGGCGCCCUCACUUUCUUAGUUUCUUAAUCAGUUUGAAUUGUUAAAUAAUUAUUAUUAAAUAUGUUUUUUACUUGUAUUUAAAUAUUAGAGUAGUUGAAGAUUUAAAAUAAAUCUAAAACUAGUUUCUAGUUAUUCUAAUCUGUUGAUGUAAAUUAUUUAUUUUUUCAUUAGUAACAAUAAUCAAUUUUUAUUUCACUUGAAGUGGAAUUAGCUUAGUUUAGAUACUAGCCCUUGGUUCUUUCUUAAAAUUUUCUUUGUAAUAAUUUAGACAUCAUCAUCACCAGCUCACUAUACGUCCCCACCGAGGGGCUCGGA